AUGUCCAGAGAUCCAGUCGUCAAGGUCCCCGCCUUCGACCGCCGGUCAGAUCUCCUUGCACCGGCCCCAUAUGGAUCCUCCCACAGGUGGUGGGCCCAUCGAAGGGCGGCCCCACGUCACUCCUUCGGGCUGUGCCCUGCUGGGCCCCACAGGAAAAGGCCCGGCCACCAGGAUGGCUCCAGGCAGCGCAAAGAACGUAAGAAGACGGUGUCCUUCAGCAGCAUGCCCACGGAGAAGAAGAUCAGCAGCGCCAGCGACUGCCUCAGCGCCAUGGUGGAGGGCACAGAGCUCAAGAAGGUCCGCUCCAACUCCAGAGUCUACCACCGCUACUUCCUCCUGGACGCAGACAUGCAGUCCCUCCGGUGGGAGCCCUCCAAGAAAGAAUCGGACAAGGCCAAGAUCGACGUGAAGUCCAUCAAAGAAGUGCGCACGGGGAAGAACACGGACACUUUUAGAACGAACGGGACCUACGAGCAGAUCUCAGAGGACUGCGCCUUUUCGAUCAUCUUUGGGGACAAUUACGAGUCGCUGGAUUUGGUCGCCAACACUGCUGACGUCGCCAACAUUUGGGUGACGGGACUGAGGUAUCUGAUUUCGUACGGGAAGCAUUCGUUAAACGUGAUCGAGAGCAGCCAGAACAACAUGCGCUCGUCGUGGUUGAGCCAACUUUUUGAUAACGCGGACACUAGCCACAGCAAACAGAUUAGCAUAUGCACAGCGGUUCAGCUCAUCAAAGAGCUCAACCCCGGACUCAAAAACGUCAAAACGGAACUGAAAUUUAAGGAGCUGCUCAAGGCGAAAGACAGAGUCGGUUCUGACGUUACGAGAGACGAGUUCAUCGAAGUUUACCACGAUUUGUGCACGAGGCCAGAGAUUUAUUUCCUAUUUGUACAGUUUUCUAGCAACAAGGAGUUUUUAGAUACCAAGGACUUGAUGAUUUUUCUCGAGGCGGAGCAGGGUAUGCCGCAGGUUAGCGAAGAAACAAGCAUAGAGGUUAUCCAGAAGUAUGAACCAUCGAAAGAGGGGCAAAUCAACAACUGGCUUUCUUUGGACGGAUUCACCAACUACCUUAUGUCUCAGGAAUGUCAUAUCUUCGAUCCAGAGCAUAAAACGGUAUGCCAAGAUAUGAACCAACCUCUCUCGCAUUAUUUUAUCAAUUCUUCGCACAACACAUAUCUUAUAGAAGACCAGUUCAGGGGCCCUUCCGACGUAACGGGAUACAUCCGAGCUUUGAAAAUGGGCUGCAGGAGCGUGGAGCUGGACGUCUGGGACGGUCCCGACAACGAGCCGGUCAUUUACACUGGACACACGAUGACGUCGCAGAUCGUUUUCCGUAACGUUAUCGACGUGAUUAAUAAAUACGCGUUCGUAGCUUCGGAAUUCCCGCUCAUACUUUGUCUAGAAAACCACUGUUCGUUAAAGCAGCAAAGAGUCAUGUACCAGCAUUUGAAGAAAAUCCUCGGGGAUAAAAUGCACCUAGUUUCGCCCAAACCCGAAGAUCCGUACCUGCCUUCGCCAGCGUCGCUCAAGGGGAAGAUCUUGUUGAAAGGUAAAAAGUUAAGUGUGAACUGCGUAGCGACGGAAGGGGAGGUAACGGACGAAGACGAAGGAGCGGAAAUGUCGCAACGUUUGAGCAUAGAAUCCACGGAACAGCCGCCUGCCAUUGUACACAAAAAAUUCCAGCUUUCCAAGGAUCUUUCCGACUUGGUGACGAUGUGCCAAUCUGUGGAGUUCAAAGAUUUCCCGGCGUCGUUUCAGAACCAGAAACCGUGGGAGCUGUGUUCCUUCAACGAGGUCUUCGCCAGCCGAUGUGCCAACGACUACCCGGGCGAUUUUGUGAACUACAACAAGAAGUUUUUAGCGCGCGUCUACCCCAGUCCCAUGAGAAUCGACUCCAGCAAUAUGAAUCCGCAAGAUUUUUGGAAGUGCGGGUGCCAAAUCGUAGCCAUGAACUACCAAACUCCAGGACUCAUGAUGGAUCUGAACAUCGGGUGGUUUCGGCAGAACGGGAACUGCGGGUACGUUCUCCGGCCUGCGAUCAUGAGGGAGCAAGUGUCCUACUUUAGUGCCAACACCAAAGAUUCAGUGCCAGGGGUUUCUCCACAGCUUCUCCACAUUAAGAUCAUCAGCGGGCAGAACUUCCCCAAACCGAAAGGAUCUGGAGCUAAAGGAGACGUGGUGGACCCUUACGUCUACGUUGAGAUCCACGGAAUUCCCGCGGACUGCGCCGAACAAAGGACCAGGACGGUGCACCAAAACGGGGAUAACCCUUUGUUCGACGAGAGCUUCGAGUUCCAGAUAAACCUGCCGGAGUUGGCCAUGGUGCGAUUCGUGGUUCUGGACGAUGAUUAUAUCGGCGACGAGUUCAUCGGUCAGUACACCAUACCCUUCGAAUGCCUGCAGCCCGGUUUUCGCCACGUGCCGCUUCAGUCGCUCACGGGGGAGAUGCUUCCGCACACGCAGCUCUUCGUUCACGUGGCGAUUACGAACCGGAGAGGAGGAGGGAAGCCGCACAAGAGGGGGCUGUCGGUGCGGAAGGGGAAGAAGAGCCGGGAGUACGCGAGCAUGAGGGUGCUGCUGAUCCGGACCAUAGACGACGUGUUCAAAACGGCGCUGCUGUCCCUGAGGGAGGCCACGGAUCUCAGAGAAAACAUGCAGAACGCGCUGGUGUCCUUCAAAGAGCUGUGUGGGCUGUCGGCGGUGGCCAACCUCAAGCAGAGUCUCCUGGCCCUGUGUCCUCGGCUCUCAGGACCAGACGGAGCUCCUCUGCUGCUCUUCAACCUCUCGGACCAGUACCCCAGCCUGGAGCCUCAGGGCCUGCUGCCGGACGUGCUGCGCAAAGUGGUCACCUCCUACGAAACGCGAUGCAGUUCCACGAGAACCUCCACGAGCUGGCGGUGAAGGAGGGACUGAAGGGACGUAAGCUGCACAAGGCCGUGGAGAGCUUCACCUGGAACAUCACCAUCCUCAAGGGUCAGGCGGACCUUCUGAAACACGCCAAGAGCGAGGUCCAGGAGAACCUGAAGCAGAUCCACUACGCCGCUCUGACCUGCAGCCUGACCAAAGGAGGAGGAGGAGGAGGAGGGUCCCAGUCUGGAGACGGGAAGGGACGCCG